AAAAAGGAGGGCAACUAUCGGUUCGAAAUGGAAGAAAACGACGUAGUUCGAUCACUGAUCACCACCAUAGGAAGCUUCAUUGAAGACAGGCUGACAAACAAAGAGCAAAGAAUCCAACACAAGGACCAUUGUGCAGAGAGAUUAGCAGCCGAGGAUCGAACCGCAAAAAAUCAAACCGAAGAAAUCCACUACUCCGACCAAGCGGUGCUAGCCAAUCUCGACUGGGGAAUCGAAGCCCUCGAAGAAGCGAUCGCCACGUCGAACGUCGAAACCAAAAUGGCACGUCUCGAAUACGCCGAAAAGAUGCUCCAAGUAUGCGCCAUGUUACACUCCGACCGCAAAACCGCGGGCGUGCCGAACUUCUACCUAUCCGCUUGGGCGCAUUUGAAUCUCUCCUACUUGUGGAAGUUGAAAAACGAUAACCGUAAUUCGAUUCUCCACAUGUUGGAAAUGUUUGUAGUCGACCCUUUUUUCUCGAGGGUCGAUUUUGCCCCCGAGCUAUGGAGAUCGAUCUUUUCGCCACACAUGAGCUCGAUCAUCGGUUGGUAUUCGGAGGAGAGGAGGAAGAUAGUGUUCGAUAUGAUCCCCGACAAUUCGGAUUUGUCGCUCACCGUUGAUUUCGAUCACUGUUUUAACGAGUCUUUGAUCUUGUCCGUUCGACCGGAGCAGGCGGAGAGAAUCCAAGCGUUGGAGAAUCUUUACGCAGAAUCUUUGGACAGUAACACGAGGCUUUACGCAAAGUACUAUAAAGACUGUAUGAACUACGAUGCUGCGAAUACUAGAAAGGCGAUUCUGCCUAUGAUGCCGAUUGUCGAGCCGCCGAUGACUCCUCUGCACGAGAUUAGUAGCCGUUUGAUUCCCGAUUACGUGAAAUUCGGUCCCGUUUUGCCCAAGAGUGCUGGCUUUUCCACAAAUCAAUCGAGAGAUGCUUCUUCCAGGUUUCUAUAUAGUAAAAAUAAACCAUUGAAGGUGGAAUCUGCCGCGGAGAAUCUUGAAGAUUCCGCUUGCUGGGAUGCUUCGGAGGAAUGUAUGGAAACAAUGUCAGUUUUAUCUAAGGAAUAUUCUCCCAAGAGUCGAAGAGAAUCUUCUCGGAAUAGCUCUCCGAAAACACCUUCCCUCAACGGACUCCGACGAAGAAACAAAAGUACGUUUUUUUCCGUACAACUAUCUCAUUUGUUUUAUAUAUAUAACUUUAAAUAUUUACAUACUACUCAAAGUGGAAUGAAUACACAAUCAGGGACAGCUGAGAAUCGCGGCGAAAAGCAUUGCUCAUGCACGAAGCGUCAGACAAAUAUUCCGGAAGAGGUUUGUUUAUUAGCCACCUUUUUCCGAGCUCAUUUUUCGCUCGUCCGUGAAAUGACGAAUUUACCCCUCCUUUUUUUUCGAGGCAGUUCUAUGAACCAAAGUGAUGAUGGAAGGCUGAGCUAUGUAUCUUCUCCAACAUCCGAGGUACUAACUCCACAGUCGAGGCCGCCGAAAGAUUUCGUCUGCCCUAUCACGGGCCAAAUAUUCAACGAUCCCGUCACGCUCGAAACGGGACAGACGUACGAACGAAAAGCCAUUCAAGAAUGGACGAACAGAGGAAACACGAGCUGCCCCAUCACUCGACAGCCUCUCUCGGCAGCCGCGCUGCCGAAAACAAACUACGUCCUAAAAAGACUAAUCACUUCCUGGAAAGACCAACACCCCGAUAUUGCUCAAGAAUUCUCCAACACCGAAAUCCCGUCGGAAAAAUCGGCGCUUCCAAGCCGUCAGAGAUUCGUUCGAGCUGCAUUAGCAACUUCACCGACGAGCGUAAUAUCUCAAGCUUCUGUCGAGACGGUGAUCAAUGCGUUGAAGCCUUAUAUUCUCUGCCUGUGUAACUCCGAAGAUCUCAAAGAAUGCGAGGAAGCUGUUCUGACUGUAUCGAAAAUUUGGGAGGACUCGAACGUGGGGCCCGGAAUUAAUUCCUACUUAUCUUCACCGACGAUAGUCAAUGGAUUCAUGGAGAUUCUGUCUGCUUCUUUCGACAAGGAUGUACUCAGGACAACGAUAUGUACUCUGUCUAAAUUGAUAUGCGCAGACGAUCGUGUUCGUGAUCUUCUGACGAGUAUCGACUCCGAUUUUUACUGCUUGACCGAUUUACUCAAGAAAGGACUCGUUGAAGCUGCUGUGCUUGUCUACCUUCUCAGACCGUCGUUUUCUCAGAUUUCUCGUCAUGAUUUGGUAGGCACUCUUGUACGUAUAAUUAGCGACGAAAAUGAAGAUGUGACCAAUUUUCGGUUUAGUAUAGCGCCGAAAGAUGCUGCUAUUGCGUUACUCGAGCAAAUUGUCAUCGGUGGCGACGAGAGUGAAAAAUCGGUUAAUGCGAUGAAUGUAGUAGUAACGGAUAACGGAAUCCCUGCUCUGCUGAGCUGUCUCGAUAGGGUCGACGGAAGACAGUCCGUCGUGUCGAUACUUUUACGCUGCAUGAGAAGUGAUUCGACAUGCAAGAAUGUUGUAGCGAACGGGAUCGAGCUAUCGCAUGUUCUCGAAUUAUUUCAUAAUGGAGACGAUAGUGUGAGAGGGAUGUGUGUCGAGUUUCUCUGCGAGUUGGUUCGGCUGAAAAGGUACAUAACAUUUUAAUCGGCUUAGCUUCGAUUUUAUUGCAUCGAUACAAUUAUUUAUGAGGUCGUUAUGUUGCGUUCCAGGAGAACGUCGAGCGACGAGAUUUUGCGGAUAAUUAAGGAAGAAGGAACGUUUAGUACGAUGCACACGCUUUUGGUUUAUUUGCAAAUGUCGCCGAUGGAGCAGAAACCUUCCGUCGCUAUCCUUCUUCUUCAGCUCGAUCUAUUGGUUUGUUUUUUUCUUUCGUUAUUGCGAAUUUAGCGAAACGAACAAUAUGCCGUAAUACAGUAGAACCUCGAUAAAUUAAUAACCUCGCUUAAAUAAUAAUUUAGUUCGAUCCCGGCUCGGUGAGAACGUAUUAAAUUAUUGGUUUGAUAAUUUAAUAAUUCGUUAAAUUAAUA